CCAAGAAACGAAUACAAAACCCACGACAAGGCGAAAGCAAAUCAUGCGGAGCCGCCCCUCUCCAUAGAACGGAGGAAUCGCCCCAUCCGGCGGCGCCGCCGGCGACCACGACGACGUGAUGGUGCCGCACCACGCCUACAGCCGCCUUGGCAGCCCCGGGGGGACGCCGUCCCCGCCGGCUUCGCCCCGCCGGUCGCCGAGGACCCACCGGCGGCCCUCCAAGUCUGCGUCCGGGAGGUUGCUCCAGUCCCCGCGGGCGCUAGUGCAGCGGAUGGCGUGGAUGCUCCUCUCGCUCCUCCUCCGGCGGCAGGCCAUCUUCCUGUUCGCGCCGCUCCUCUACGUCGCCGGGAUGCUUUUCUAUAUGGGCACCGUAUCCCUCGAGGGCGUUCCCCGCAUCAUCUCCCGCCCCGCUCCCGGCUCCAUCUACCGGAGCCCCCAGCUGUACCUCCGCCUCCGGACCGAUAUGAACGCCGAUAACUCCUCCGAUGCUUUAGCAACUGUAUGGAGACACGCUUAUAAAGGUGGAAUGUGGCGACCAUGUAUAAAUAUGACUAUGAAUGAGUUGCCUGAUUCUAAUGGUUACAUAUAUGUCGAAGCAAAUGGUGGCUUAAAUCAACAACGGGCAUCGAUAUGCAAUGCAGUUGCUGUAGCUGGAUACCUAAAUGCAACACUUGUUAUCCCUAAUUUCCACUACCACAGCAUUUGGAGAGAUCCUAGUAAAUUUAAGGAUAUCUAUGAUGAGGAGUACUUUAUCAAUACCCUGAGAAAUGAUGUAAGAAUAGUUGAUAAGGUGCCUGACUUCAUAAUGGAAAGAUUUGGUCACAAUAUGAGUAAGGUACAUAACUUCAAGAUCAAGGCUUGGUCUUCCAUACCAUAUUACAAGGAUGCUGUUCUGCCUAAGUUAAUUGAAGAAAAGUUUAUAAGGAUAUCUCCUUUUGCCAAUCGUUUAUCGUUCGAUGCCCCUUCUACAGUCCAACGCCUUAGAUGCUUGGCAAAUUUUGAAGCCUUACGCUUCUCAAAUCCUAUAGCAACUUUGGCUGAAAAGUUGAUAUCUCGAAUGAAAGAACAAAGCACAGACAAUAAUGGUAGAUAUCUUGCAGUGCAUCUUCGCUUUGAAGAGGAUAUGGUUGCAUUCUCUUGUUGCAUAUUUGAUGGUGGUGAAGAGGAGAAACAGGACAUGAAUGCUGCACGAGAAAGAGGUUGGAGAGGAAAAUUUACUAAACCCGGACGUGUUAUACGUCCUGGUGUAAUUAGGAUGAGUGGAAAAUGUCCUCUUACUCCUUUGGAGGUUGGCUUGAUUCUCCGAGGCAUGGGUUUCAGUAAUAAUACGGCUAUAUAUUUGGCUUCAGGAAAAAUUUACAAGGCAGAGAAGGCUAUGGCUCCACUUCUUGAAAUGUUUCCCCUUUUGCAAACUAAAGAGACAUUAGCAUCAGCUGAGGAGCUUGCUCCAUUUAAGAACUAUUCAUCUAGGAUGGCCGCUGUGGACUAUAGCGUUUGUCUUCAUGGCGAAGUGUUUGUGACAACUCAAGGUGGGAAUUUUCCUCACUUUUUGAUUGGCCAUCGAAGAUAUUUGUAUGGUGGACAUUCUAAGACUAUCAAGCCUGAUAAAAGGAAGUUGGCCUUGCUGUUAGACAAUCCAAAAGUUAGUUGGAAGGCCUUGAAGCGACAAUUGUUAAACAUGCGAGCUCAUAGCGAUGCCAAGGGGAUAGAGAUUAAAAGACCAAAUGACUCAAUAUACACCUAUCCCUGCCCAGACUGCAUGUGCCGCUCCAACAAAUCAGAAGUUUUAAAAUCUCCACCAGCUCGAUAAUAUUAAUUAUGGAGAUUUUGGUUAACAUUCAUUGCAAUUCGCCUGAUUUUCACAUUGGUGUGCGAUUCAUUUUUUUCAUUAGCAUUUGGUGGAGUGCUGUCUUUUUUUGGAAGCUUGCAGGCUCCAGCAAAAAGCACAUUGGUACAAUUCCUUUUGGCUUGUGAUAUCGGCAUCCUCUUGUAUAGCUGGAAGAGAUGAUCAAAGAUAGGAUUUUUUUCAUCCGAAAGAGUUAUCUUGGAUGCUGACGGAGUUUCACUUGCAUCUGCAGCCUGUGUCUAACAAUUCGGAAACCAUUGUGUUUCGUCACAUUUGCACCCUCGGUUUUGGUGGAGGCUUGUAUAUGAAUUGACUUUUGUCUGGUUAUAUCCAGAUGUUCGUGUAGAGAGGGAGGGAAACGAAAAUUAUCAAGCAUUUGGGGCGCUAGUAUUUUGGGUUUAUUUCUCUAUUAUCAUUUUGUAUAUUUCUUGGUUAUCGUCCCAAGCAAGUCCCAAUAUUCUUUAAGAGGCAAUUAUUAGAUGAAGGGUAUUAUCCUUCCUUUCUCUGUAACAAUGAUGUUCAAAUUUAGACUUUUGGCCCUACCAUGAGGGUGAGAAGAUACACAAUAUUGAUUGCCAAGUUAUACCUCAUUCGUUCUUUUCAUAAUUAUUCUCAAUUUGAUGUGAUAAGGCUUGCUAUUAAGAUUGGUCAUAUUUCUUUUUUUUUCCAAUUUUCUUCAGUGUCAUAAGUGGAAAAAUCAGUCCCAGAGUUCUGAUAAUGGCUCUAGCAAUCAUGCCGGCACGAAGAGAGCCAACGGAAAGAAUUCCAAGCACAAGCCUCUCUUUCAAGCAGCAGAGAUAUGAGACCAUGUGUUGCAAGAUUGUCCCAGAAAGCUACACGCUUUAUCAUUGAAAUCAUUCUCUUGUAGAUUUGCGGGUAAAAAACUUGUGGCUGGAGGAAUUUUUAUCAACUUCCUCGUAGUUUAUUCUGCAACACUCGGCGGAUUUUUAUUUGUAUAUUUCAAUGCUUAGAGCAUACAAAUCCAUUCCAUCAUUAUGCGCUGAUUAUUAAGAAUACUGUGUUUCAAUC